AUGUCGCAAGAUAUCAAUGGUGGUUGCUUGUACUCUUUGCUUAGAGAGUUCGAGAUUCCAGUGGAAAAUCAUGGUACUAUGGUACAACAAGUUGCUGGAUUGGCCGAGACAUCAAUUAGGAUGCCCAUUGUUGUGGACAUAAUAUACGUGGAGUUAAUGGAAAUAGAGGUGCCUAUUGUGGAUUUGGUGCUCGAUUACGAUACCAUAAUCUUGGACUCCAUGGAGACUUAUGAGCCUAAGUCCAUUCCAGCGACUAAAUCUUCUAUUGAGGCCUUGGAGAAGAUUAGGUUUCAGCCAAGUUCAAACUUGAUUCAAGAAUGUAGCAUCUGCUUGGAAGAGUUUCAAAUAGGUUUUGAAGUCACUAGCAUGCCGUGUUCACAUGUUUAUCACGGAAAAUGUAUCGGCAAGUGGUUACAGAUACCAGGUUAG